GUUCAUUUUAAAAGAAAUGAAGGUUUCUUUGUUGAUUAUUAUUUCUUUAACAAGAUAUCUGGAAGGUUGCCGAAAGUCCGGGGAUUCAUCGUCCAUAACAAAUUGCUGUCCCGAUUAUUAUCUUAAAAAUGGAGUAUGCGUGGAUUGUCCAGCUGGAAGGUUUGGACCCAGUUGUCAGUUUAACUGUGAAUAUCCAAAGUAUGGAAGACGAUGUCUUGGAGGAUACUGUACCUGUUCAAGAGAUGCAUGUGAUCCGGCAAUUGGAUGUAGAGAAACAACAACUUCUGUACAGAAAACUAGUCCACAAGACUCUGCAUCACUUACCUCAUCAUCAAGGAAAGUGACAACAAAAUCAGUAACUAUCAUAACUACGAUGUACAAAAAUGACGACCAGUCAACGAGGUAUAGUAUAUGGGAUGACAAAAACACAUCAAAGAGUUUUGUAACAAGCAACCAAAAAAUGGAGUCAGAAGUCAUCAAAGACACACAGAAGGCUGGGGAUUCCCAAGACAUUUCUCUGAAUAUCAUUAUCAUGUCUGUCAUCGGUGGAUUGGUCAUACUGUUACUCAUCAUUGUGAUCAUCGUACUGAUAAGAGGAAAACGAAAAGUAAAGGUUGAAAAACGAGAUUCUAUAGUGACCAGUAGAGGAAAUGUCAAUACCUACUGCGAAAUAAACGAUUUAAGAAUUCCCUCCACGUCACAAGAUUGCAGAAGGAGCGAUGUGGGAAAAUAUGAACUAAUUGACCAGUCAGAAGAGGAUAGGAAAAGAUAUUCCUCACUCCCUAUGAAUUGCAGGUCAGAUAAUAAUAGGAAAAGUGACUUAGUAAAGUACGAACAAAUUAAGCAGUCAGAUAAGGAAAGAACGAAGUAUUCUACUCUACCCUCCAAAAGCAUGCCUGCCUCAAACAGAGAUAGUUAUAUAACCCCAGUGCCUGUCGCAAUUCAAAUUACAAAUACCGUAGAAGAGCACUUUCCAAUAUUAAAGGAGACAGAACAGGGAGUUUCAGAACCCCCUGUGUUGUUAAGAAAGGCUAGCAAUAACCGUAAUCCCAAUCUGUUACCUGUUUCAGAUCCCUUUGCAGCAUCCAAAAGUGUUAGUGGAUACAUUGACAUGAACGAAGGUGGAAAACUAGAUGAAUAUGUUCCGAUGGAGGGUCAACUAAACAAUAUGAAAAACUCUGAUUCAUGCAAAAGUGAAGAAAAAACAUUUAUUGAAUGAAACUUACAAAUGAUAAGCUUAAACACAGCUUUUGUUUCAAUUUGUUCCUUUUGAAUGAUGUUAUAUAGUGAUGUUUCAAUUCUACCACAAAGCAUGGCGACACUCAUGCAUCACCUUUAACUUAAUCUGUCUUUUUAUCCAUAGUUUUGUUUAUAUAUCUGGAUCAAAUUCAACAUCUUUGGAAUAAUGUUGAAAAGUAGUGCUAUGUUUUUUGUUUUUUUUUCAGUAUUACUUUUGCUAUUUUAGACAGUGAAAGAUGAAGGUUGAAUAAUUAGCAUGUGUUUAAUCCAUGUUGCGUGUAUAUCACCUCCUCAUAGAGUAUCCUUGUGAUUUUUACAUUAAAACAUGUUUAUAUGUUUACAUGUUUAUUACCCAUGAUUUCUUUUCCUACAUGUAAUCAGACACAGAAUGCACAUUAAAACCAAAUACUAGUAA